UUAUGAAUAUACGGUAUAUUCUUUAAUAUAUGCUUUAGAAGAAUGGCUGUGAUUGGCCGCAUUCAACGAACUCAGCAAUUGGACAACAUUUUCCGAUGUAAUUCGACGCUGAUUGGUCGGAUCUGAAAAUAGAAAUCAAUCAUGUUUGGCUAUAAAAUAAAAAAACUAUUAUUGAAUUAGUGAUUUUUUUUUGGUAAAAUGGCAACUUUGUAUUUGAAGUUUUGCAUUUUCACCGCAAGAGAUUUUCAAUUCGAUCAUCUGUCAUCUGAUGAUCUGUCAAUUGAUCAUCUGUCAUCCUCUCAUUCCUGUUAAAAAUGUCUACCCAAGUGUGUUUAGAUAUGGAAAUACGAAAGUUAAGACCCGGCGAGUUGUAUAUUUUGAGUAAUAUAUUAAGUAUUUCUGAUUCAUGGAAGAAAUUAAUGGCUAUUGUGCCUAAACAAGAAAAUAUAAAAAAAUUCAAUAAUGAUCAUAUCAGCAUAAUUGAGCAAACAGCAUAUGGAGAUAAGCGCAAUGCAGCUGAAGUUUUUUUAGAUGAAUGGAGUACUAUGGGAAGGAAAAGGCCAACAUUAAGAUUAUUACUGGAACUUCUUACAAAAGCAGAGUUAUUUAGAGCAGCUGAUUAUGUGGCAUGUGAUAUAUUAAAACAGGAAAGACCAAAAAGGCCAGAUUACGGUCCAGCUGCUACAAUCGAUAUAAGUGAUGCAGCUAUAAAUAAAUUGUUAGAAAAGCAUCAAAUGCUUUCACAGGGUACAUCUGCUGAUUCUAUAAUAAUAGAAUCAACAUCAGAGCUGAUUUCAGAAAUUAAUGAAAAAUAUUCUGGUGCUGACACAAAUAAAGUUGCCAAUGAAAAUAUGAUGAAUAAUGUGAAUGCUGAUAAUUCUAUAAAUUAUCAAAAAUCUGCAGGAGAUGCUUUACUUGCAAAUGUUGAAUCAAAUUUAAUAAAAUUUAGUAUCACAGAUAUUUGUAAGGAAACGAAUAAACAUUCAGAGCACAUUUCUGCAUUUAAAUCUAAUCCUGCAGAGGUUAAAAAAGAGAAUUCAGAAAAACUAUUAGAUGUAACAGCGCAAUACUAUGAAUAUGAAGAAGUAUCAUCUCAAGAAUUACCAGUAUGUCUUAAUCAAUCCUAAACAGUCUGAUACUUAAAUGCUGAAUGAACAAAUUGGUUCUCGUCCAAUAUUUCAUAUGUUUAAAGCAGUGAUGUUUAAUAUUGGCCUAGCUUAUAAUUUUACUGAAAAAAUAUAUGUGCAAUGUAGAUUAUAUGUAUAAUUUAUCUUAA